CCUGGGUUCCACAUGAUCUCAUUGAGAGCUUUUUGUUCCCUUUUUCUGCUCUCGGAAAAAAACUAUUUCCUUCCCAAGUUUAGCCAAUAUUUCUUCCCCAGACACUGGAGAGUAGAACUUAGUACGACGUGAAGUGUUGUGGCCCUAUACACCCCCAACAAAGGAAGACCCAAAAACACGUAUUCAGAGGAACAAUAACUCGCAGAAUAAAUGGCAGAAUCAGAAGAAGAGGUUGAUUAUAUGUCGGCUGACUUUUUAGCCCAGUGGUAGGCAUUGUUCCUGUCAUUUACAUGUGUUGGUAAGGAUGACGUCAGACCAGGGCUUAUGUUUUCACAUUCCUCUAAACGUCAGGCAGAAAUGGAGAAGAAAAAGAAAAAAAAGGAUAAUGAGCAACGAGCCAGAUUUAAACCAGUGAAGGAGGUGCAGAAAGAACGCUUAGAGGAAGGCCUCAGCACUGCUAUUAGCUCCUCCAACAUAGGUUUCUCUAUGCUUCAGAAAAUGGGAUACAAGCCUGGAACAAGUUUAGGAAAACAAAAUCAGGGAAGAUUAGAGCCAGUAUCUGUUGAGGUGAAAUCUGACAGAGUAGGCUUGGGAUGGCAGGAAAUGAUCGCUGAGCAUCGCAAAAAAUGUGAAGAAAGAAAACAAAAGAAGAGAAACAAAAAUAAGGAUGAUGCAGAUCCAGAAAAAUAUCGGGCAAGAAUGCGUAGUCAAAGACAAGAAAAAUAUCUACAACAGGACUUGAUGAAGAGCCAGCGUGUAUGUUAUCAAAUGGAUUCAAAGCAGGACCUGGAGGAGCCAGUAGAACCAUGGUUUUGGCCGAGCUAUGUUUUUAACACUGAAGAGGAGGAGGAUGAUUGUGAAGAGGAGGAAGACUAUACUGAAUUUGAGCCUGAAGAGCAGCUGAAUAUUCUUACUGCCUACCUACGCUCUACUUACUGCUACUGUAUAUGGUGUGGUACUGUUUACGAUGAUGAACGAGACCUUAAGCAGAAUUGCCCAGGAGUUACAAGAGCAGACCAUGAUGAUUAGCAUCUAUAUAUUGAGCACUGAAAUUAUAUGAGAUUCCUAAAUGAAAUAUAAGUGCCCUCAUAUGUAUAUGUUUUUGAUGUAAUUUUAUACAUAGGUUAUAUUUUAGCACAUAAGGAGGGAUGGAGAUGGUGCAGUUUGGAGGGGCAUCUAAGCUGUAAUGUUGACGCACCUCUGGCAAGACAGCGAUGGUGUGAAUAGUGGUGAAAGUGUUUCUUCUUUUUCGGGACACCCUACCUCACUGGAGAUGGCCGGUAUGUUAAAAAAAGUAUUUGAGUGAUAAAGGAGCAAAUUUUAAUUUUCAAGCACCAGUUGUGUGGGCACUCAAGAAGUUAUGAAUACAGCCUCUCCUCACUGAACAACAGAGUUCUGUUCCUAAGGCCACGUUGGUAAACGAAUUCAUUGCUAAACAAGGAGCAUACUAUAAUGGUAGUGGGUUUGUGUAAUUAUAUUUGAUAUUGUUUUAAAGUCACCUUUGUACUAAUUAUAAUAUUUUCAGUAUAUUUUUUAAUGUUUAUACAGUAGUGUACUGUAUAUUGUAAUAAACAGAAUAGAGGAAAUCAGCUCUAAUAUACAUUAUUUAGUUAUGCAUACUGGUGAGAUAGCCCGUCAUAAGCUUGAGUCAUGAGUAUGUCACCAAGUAAGUAAGUUUAUUCAGGUAUACACAAAUACAUUUAUAUAGAUCAUCAUACAUACCAGCAUAUGUGUAAAGUGGUAAGGUGAUGCGUACAUUGUCCUGUCUCUGGAGGCGGUAUAAGGUUCGUAGGGUCGAGUCCUGGCCUGCCGCAGUUUGGUAAAUUAUUUAAAAUCACUUGUUUCGUGAUUUCAUUGCUAUAUAGACUGCUUGUUGAGGUGGGUAUUCAAACAGGAGGAGGCUGAAAUUAAUCCUCGAGAUACCACUGCCACGAGUGUCCUCGGAUCAUGAGAAAAAUAUGUAGCUCAGCUGCAUGCAUGAUUUUUGUAGGAUCGCUGGCUCAAGUGGUAAGGCGAUGUGUACAUUGUGCUGUCUCUGGAGGCGGUAUAAUGUUCGUAGGGUCGAGUCCUGGCCUGCCGCAGUUUGGUAAAUGAUGUAAAAUCGCUUGUUUCAUGAUUUCAUUGCUAUACAGUGGACCCCCGCAUAACGAUUACCUCCGAAUGUGACCAAUUAUGUAAGUGUAUUUAUGUAAGUGCGUUUGUACGUGUAUGUUUGGGGGUCUGAAAUGGACUAAUCUACUUCACAAUAUUUCUUAUGGGAACAAAUUCGGUCAGUACUGGCACCUGAACAUACUUCUGGAGUGAAAAAAUAUCGUUAACCGGGGGUCCACUGUAUAUAUAUAUUUUUUUUUUUUCAACAAACCAGCCGUAUCCCACCAAGACAGGGUGGCCCAAAAAGAAAAACGAAAGUUUCUCUUUUUAAAUUUAGUAAUUUAUACAAGAGAAGUGGUUACUAGCCCCUUGGCCCCGGCAUUUUAGUCGCUUCUUACACCAUGCAUGGCUUACGGAGGAAGAAUUCUGUUCCACUUCCCCAUGGAGAUAAGAGGAAAUAAACAAGAACUAGUAAGAAAAUAGAAGAAAACCCAGAGGGGUGUGUAUAUACAGUGGACCCUCAACCAACGGCAUUAAUCUGUUCCAUAGAGCUUGCCUUUAGUCGAAUUUGCCAUUGGUCGAAUUAAUUUUCUCCAUAAGAAAUAAUGGAAAUAGAAUUAAUCCGUUCCUGACGCCCCAAAGUCUGAAAAAAAAAAAAUUUGCAUGAAAUAUACAUUUCCUGACACCAAAACGAAUGGGACAAGCAAAAUAAACUAUAAUUAAAUCCCACUUACAUUUAUUGUGGGGUUGUUGAUGAGUGAUGUGCCAGGAGCAAGGUAGAUUCAGGAUUGUCUAUUGCUUGGAAGGAGAAUCCCCUUCCAUAAAGACUUCAGGUACCAAGUCCUUUGGUGGGGUUACCUCCCUUCUUGGUUUUUUAAUGCCACUAGGACCAGCUUGAGUCACUGGACUCCUGUUGCACAAAAUAUAUGUCCAGAGAGCUCUGUUUCUCAUGUGCCCUUAGGAUUUCCCUAAAAUGGGACACAAGAGUGUCAUUGUACAUGUUGCCAAUGUGGCUUGCAACUUCUGUGACAGAAUAAAAUUCAUCGAUAAAUGCUUGCACCUUUGUAAACAUUGAACACAUUUCCCUAAUUCUUGACGAAGUCAUCUUCCUCUGUCUCUCUUCAUCCUGCUCUGAAGAACAUUUCUGAGAUGUGAUCUGUUGCUGUUGCACCUGAAGCUCUUGCAGGUCUGCAGUGGUUAGUUCUUCCUCGUCAUUCUGCACCAACUCUUCCACAUCCUCGUCACAAACCUCCAACCCCAAGGACUUCCCCAAUGACACAAUAGCUUCCACUACUGGCAUAGCCUCCUGAGGGUUAGCCCCAAACCCUUCAAAAUCCCUCUGUUCUACACAUUCUGGCCACAGUUUACACAACUGAGGAUAUUGAAGUGAUCUUUCCAAAACUCUCUUAGGGUCAGUUGAGUGUCUGAGGUCACUUCAAAGCACUUUUGAAACACUGCUUUUGUGUAGAGUUGUUUGAAGUUUGAAAUGACCUGCUGGUCCGUGGGCUGGAGGAGAGGAGUUGUAUUAGGAGGCAAAAGCUUCAUCUUAACGAAACCAAACUCCCCUGUAAUUUCCUCUUGCAAGUCGUGAGGAUGAGCAGGAGCAUUGUCCAUUACCAGGAGGCACUUGAGUGACAAUUUCUUUUCCUGGAGGUAAUUUUUUACAGUGGAGCCAAACACACCAUAAAACCAGUCCAAGAAAAAUUCCCUAGUGACCCAUGCCUUACUGUUUCAUCUCCACAGCACACACAAAUUACCCUUGAUGAUAAUGUUUUUCUUGAACACUCUGGGAGUAUCAGAGUGAUACACCAAUAAAGGCUUCACUUUGCAAUCACCACUAGCAUUACUACACAACAUUAAUGUCAGCCUGUCUUUUAUAGGCUUAGGUCCUGGGAGUGCCUUUUCCUCCUGAGUAAUGUAGGUCCUGUUUGGCAUUUUCUUCCAAAACAGUCCUGUUUCGUCACAAUUAAACACUUGUUCAGGUUUUAAGUUUUCAGUCUCUAUGUAUUCCUUAAAUUUCUUCACAUAUUUUUCAGCCACAUUUUUGUCUGAACUGGCUGCCUCACCAUGCUUUACUACACUGUGUAUGCCACUGCAAAUCUUAAAUCUCUCAAACCAGCCUUUACUGGCCUUAAAUUCAUCAGCAGCAGCACUAUUUUGAGGCAUUUUCUUAAUGAGAUCAUCAGGCAACUUCCUUGCCUUUUCACAAAUUAUAGACUGAGAAACACUAUCACCUGAUAAUUGUUUUUCGUUUAUCCAUACCAAUAACAGUCUCUCUACCUCUUCAGUUAUUUGCGGUCUCCGUUUUGAAAACAUACUUGAACCUUUCACAACAACAGCUUCCUUGAUUGCCUGUCUGUUCGCCAAGAUAGUACUGAUGGUUGAAUGUGAUUUGUUGUGUUGCCUUUCCAACUCAGCCAUACGGACUCCGCUGUCGUAUUUUUCAGUGAUCUUCAUUUCCAUCGUAAUUCUCACCCUUUUUAACACAGACUUGGCACUAGAAGCUUUCUUGGGGCCCAGGGUGGCUUAUUUAGCAGUUACAAGCACUAAAAACAGUGGAAUAAUCCAAAAUAUAUGGGAGGCACACGUGAAAACCGACAGCAACAGCUUGUAAACAAUGGCACACAGAGUCAUGGAGUGGCUGGGCCCACUCAGGCCGCGCUCCGGGCACAUGGACAUGUUCCGGACGAACGUUGUUGGUAGAGUUUUUCGCCGUUGGUUAAGACUUUUUUUACGUCAAAAAGCGCCGUUAGACGAAAUUGCCAUUACUUAAUGCCACCGUUAGUUGAGGGUCCACUGUAUAUGCUUGUACAUUUAUGUGUAGUGUGACCUAAGUGUAAGUAGAAGUAGCAAGACAUACCUGAAAUAUUGCAUGUUUAUGAGACAAAAAAGACACUAGCAAUCCUACCAUCAUGUAAAACAAUUACAGGCUUCCGUUUUACACUCACUUGGCAGGAUGGUAGUACCUCCCUGGGUGGUUGCUGUCUACCUGCCUACUACCUAGGCUUUACAUAAUUAUUAUAUCAAAUAUAAGUGCUAAACCUAUAAGGGCCAUACAUCACCUAGGGAAUGGGAGGCAUUCAGGGUUGAGCUGAGGAAGAGGAGGGUAACUCCAGUUCUUUGGAUCAAGAGCCCUUCAUCAGCUUUAAGGCACUCUCCUUGAAGGGAAAACUUUUGGUUUCUUUAUGUGUAUUUUUUUCUUUCAUAAGACUAACACUCGUUUACUAUAUUAAGACAUUCUGUUAAUUAUUUCUACCAGUCUUCUGCAUUUUGCAUACUGAGCUUGUGUCUUUCUUAUCUAUAUGGUCACAUUCCUCUCUUUUUUCAUCCUUGCACUUCAGGAAAUUCAUGGAAAUUUUUCCCCUUCUUGGAAGUGACUUUAUGCUGGUAAAGGGCUUUUGAUUCAAGGAAUUGGAGCUUCCAUCUUCUUGGAUCACUAUAUGACUCCCAUAGGUCUAGUGCCUCUCCAUGAAUAAUCAUGAAUAAUAAUAACUAUAAAUUUUCAGUCAUUUCUAUGCCAUACUGUACUUAUAUUUUAUCUUUUACUAAACAUUUUGCUUGUGUUCCAAGCUGCAUCUUGUAUCUUCUAACUAUGAUAUCACCUGCCCAUGACCAUGGGUUCUACCCAUGCAGCCUGAGCUGAUGUCAGGCUUCUGUGUUGACUGCUUGGUCAACUAGGCUGUUGUUAUUUGUGGCCUGCAUGCCCACAUAGUCAUCACAUCCUGGUUGAUCAGGCACACUCUCAGGAGGUAAUAUUCUAUUUGCAUUCAUGUGUGCUGUGCAAGUUUCAUACUUUUAUAUAAUACAUGAACAAAACACUGAAAUGAUUAAAUAUUAGACUUUAAUGACAUACAGUAUAGGACAUGUUAUCUAACUACCAUUGGAUCUGACAUUGGCUGGAUAAUAAAAUAAAAAUUGGUUACUUGAACAGAAUGCUACUUAUAUCCUGUACAGUACUUUACCAUGAAUAAGUAAUCUACAGCAGCCAUAAGUUGACUCCAGCCAUAUGUAGUAACUCCGAGAACCUGUUUUGUCAUGCCAUUCUAGUAUAGAUAGAAAAUAGGGAUAUGGUAAUUUACAGCUUCCAUAUAUGUAAGUGGUAAACCAUCUUAACUAUAUGAACUUGCUUAAAGCCCUGAAUAUAUGUACUUUCUAGAAUGAAGACGAGAAUGAGUUUCAUAACCUAGGAAUGAAAUACUUAUUCUCUCCGAAGGACUGCAUGCUUCCUCUGGAAAGCAACUAUCAACAAACCUGACUAAUAGGAGAAUGGGCUAGUUAAGAUGCCUGAUAGUCUCCACCUGUUUCUGUAGUGAAUGACCCCCUGGAUACAGUGCUUAAUGAAAUACAAUAAUGGCUGUACAUCUCAUACUUUUUCUGUCACACUUGUUGAUGCAUUACCAGCUAUGUACAUUUGAAGUAUUUAUUUGAAGUGCUAAACCAAUUCUGAUCAUACCAUGAAAGGAAUGGUAUGAAGGGAUUUGUAUUAUGAAAUGGAUAUAUUUCAAUAGCAGUGGUGACUGUAGCUAAUCAGAAGUGUAGGGAAUGCCAACUAUUAAAGCAAAAUUUAUUAGAGAUGGAGAUGGGAAGUAUACAUACAGUGCCUGUACUAUGAAUGAGGGGUGUUAAUGUUACAGUUUUAUAAUCAGUGUAAGCAUGCCUCUGGCAAGACAGUGAAGGAGUGAAUGAUGAAAGUUAUUUUAUUUUCGGGCCACCCUGCCUUGGUGGGAAACAGCUGAUGUGUUUAUAAAUAAACAAAUAUAUAUUUUUUUUUUUUUUUCAAAAAGUCGGUCGUCUCCCACCGUAUUAAAGAUCUGCAAAUAGUGAGUAAAGUUCAUCUGAUGACUGAAUUUCAGAGUUCGAAGAUAAAUAUAUAAAUCAGUAUUAAAAACUAGUCAAAAUUCAAAGUAGGGUAACAAUACAUACUCUUACAAUUAAUUAAUUUUGUCAUAAAACAGUUUCAGUAUUAUAAGUUAUUCAUUUGCCCCCUAUAAUGCUCAGGCAUACUUACUUUGCCUGCCUUCCACUCAGAUGGUUUAAUUUUUGCUGCAGGUUAUUUCUCAACUGACACUGAUUUGCUUCUUCAGAUGUGACCACCAGUCUUUCAGCCAAUGCUUUAACCUCAACACCAACUCUUUUUCCCAUCCCCUCCCUUCACCAUCUCUCUCACCUUCACAUAGCUUACUGAUUAGAGUAUUACUCGGAAUGUCAAUGUCCCGGGCUCAAUUUCUCUAGCAUGGAGAAACAUUUAGGAAAAUUUUCUUACACUCCAGCUGCCCCUUCCUGCAGUAGAAAUAAGCACCUGUGUAUUAGCUGAUUAUUGUGGGUUGCAUCCAUUGAAAAACUUGUUGGAAAACUCCAGUCCUGCUGGAAUAUCAUCUUUGUAAAAAAAAAAAAAAAACUCCAUUUCUGUAAGAAACUCCAGCAGCCACUGGAAGCAUUUACCGGUAAGUGUUGGGUAAAAGGUAUUUGUGUACCUAAUGAUUUUGAAAUGGCAAUCACUUCUGCCAUGCAUGACCCUGAUGGGCCUAGCACUUUCAUGAAAAUAAUAAUAUUGACCUCUCAAGGGAGGUUCCUUAAUGCUGAUGAGGAGCUCUUGAUCUGAAGAAUUUGGACUUGUCCUUCCCAUCCAAGGGUCAAAUCUGAUUGCUUCCCAUUCCCUAGGCACUGUCACCCCUACAGCUUAGAGCUUCCCCUGAACAAUUUAUAAACAUUACACAGUAGUAGCUUCAAAUAAUACCACUUUUUUUUUUUUUUUUUUUUUAAUUUUGGAGUUGUGCAAUGUGUAGCUAAUUAAUUUCAGUCUGCUAAUGGCAAAAAAAGUGCAGGAUUCGAAGCUGUGUAACUUGCACUCCUUAAAAAUUCUUAUCUUGAAGCAUUUAUGCAGAAACUUCUGUGGUACUAUAUGUACAAUCCCACGAAUGACCAUUUUCUACCAAAUAAAUCAACUAAAUCACA